AUGGCAGUCAAAAGGCAUUCCACCGUAUCUCUCCCGAUGCCCAAGAUCCAAAUCCCGGCGACCGCCGUGAUUUCGGGGUCAUUUUUGUCAGGCGCGAUGAUAAGCCUCUCGGCUUUUGCCGUGCCGGUGUUCCUCGACACGAAUAGGAGUGCCGACCAUACGGUCCGACAGUGGGUACGCUUGUACCACUACGGACACAUCUAUCUCCCGGCCUUGUGCGUCGCCACAUGCGGUCUGUACGGGUAUGCCGCUGUGACCAAACGGGCAGGCGGGAAGAAAGAAUGGACCCGAUAUGUCCUCGCGGCGGUCUCGACCUUCGCAAUGGUUCCCUUCACCUGGCUCAUCAUGACACCCACCAACGACACCCUCUUCGGGUUGGAGGCAUCGGGAUCAGCGCAGGAUCUGGACCAUGUUCGUGGACUGGUGGUCAAGUGGGCCUGGCUGCAUGUAACCCGGUCCCUGUUCCCCCUCGUCGGCGCAUUCAUCGGAUUCAAGACCCUGCUGCAUGAGUGUACCAUAGAAUAA